AAUCUGGUAACUGGCGUCUACAUUUCUUUCUCCGUCUCACCUAGUUUUUAUCAUUAGGUGUUAUGGCUUCUCCACAGAUGCCCAUCAAAUUUCAGGAACAUUUGCAGUUAGUUAAUGUUGGAAUUCAGCCUACCAGCAUAGGAUUUAGUACUUUGACUAUGGAAUCGGAUAAGUUUAUUUGUGUCAGGGAAACUACAGGUGAGACAUCACAAGUUGUAAUUAUUGAUAUGAAUGAUCCAAUGAAUCCUACUCGUCGUCCUAUAUCUGCCGAUACAAUAAUAAUGAACCCCGUAAGCAAGGUAAUGGCUUUAAAAGCUGGGAAGUUGUUACAAAUUUUCAACAUCGAACUGAAAAGCAAAAUGAAGGCAUACACCAUGCCAGAAGAUGUUGUAUUUUGCAAGUGGAUAUCCGUGAACACCAUUGCACUCGUAACUGCCACAAGCGUUUAUCACUGGGCUAUGGAUGGUGAUUCAAAUCCAGUCAAGAUGUUUGAUCGUCACCAGUCUCUGACGUCUACUCACAUCAUAAGCUAUCGUUGUGAUCCAAGUCAGAAGUGGUUGUUGCUUAUCGGAAUAAAUCCAGAAAAAAACCGAGUUGUUGGGUAUAUGCAGUUGUAUAGCGUGGAGCGCAAAGUUAGUCAAGCGAUAGAGGGCCAUGCCGCUGCAUUUGCUCGUUACAUACUUGAGGGGAACACCAGUCCCACCACGUUGUUUUGUUUUGCCUCACGAAAUGCUCAAGCGUGCAAAUUACACAUAAUUGAAGUUGGCCAACCACCUGCAGGGAACCAACCAUUUACUAAGAAAGCUAUUGAUGUUUACUUCCCACCAGAAGCUCAGACCGACUUUCCUGUUGCAAUGCAGACCUCGCCAAAGUACAGCAUCAUAUACUUGAUAACGAAAAGCGGGUACUUACACCUUUAUGAUAUUGAAAGCGGAUCAUGUAUAUAUAUGAAUCGGAUAAGCAGCGAGACUAUUUUCGUAACAGCUCCUUAUGAACCAACUUCCGGUAUCAUUGGCGUAAAUAAGAAAGGGCAGGUAUUAUCCGUCAGUAUCGAUGAAGAUACUAUCAUCAGUUACAUAACCACUACAUUGGAAAACCCUACACUUGCACUCCAAAUGGCUUCCAGGUGCAAUCUUCCUGGUGCAGAAGACUUGUUUUUCAAAAAAUUCGAUUCUCUUUUUCACUCCGGUCAAUUUCUAGAAGCUGCAAAGUUAGCAGCUAAUGCUCCUAAAGGUAUUUUGCGCACUCCACAGACAAUUCAACGUUUUCAACAGAUGUCAACUACACCAACGGUAGCAUCGGCCCUGUCGAAUUAUUUUGGAAUUCUACUUGACCAAGGUCAGCUUAACAAGUUCGAAAGUCUGGAGGUUUGUAGACCAGUUUUACAACAGAAAAGGAAACAGUUGUUGGAAAAGUGGUUGAAGGAGGACAAAUUAGAAUGUUCAGAGGAGUUAGGCGAUCUUGUUAAGCAGGCGGACCCUACAUUAGCUUUGUCCGUCUACCUAAGGGCCAAUGUCCCACCAAAGGUUGUACAGUGUUUUGCGGAAACUGGCCAGUUUCAGAAAAUCAUCGUUUAUGCAAAGAAGGUCGGCUACACACCAGAUUAUAUUUUUCUGUUACGCAACCUAACUCGUAUCAACCCAGACCAAGGUUUGCAGUUUGCCCAAAUGUUGGUUCAGGAUCAAGAACCUUUAGUUGAUUUAGAACAAGUUGUAAAUGUGUUUAUGGAUCAAGGUUUGGUGCAACAAUGUACAUCAUUCUUACUGGAUGCAUUAAAGCAUAAUCGACCUUCUGAGGGACAUCUCCAAACUCGUCUAUUAGAAAUGAAUCUAAUGUCAGCACCUCAGGUUGCGGAUGCAAUUUUGGGCAACCAAAUGUUUUCGCAUUAUGAUCGGGCAGCUAUUGCUCAGUUGUGUGAGAAAGCGGGGUUGUUGCAGCGGGCUUUGGAACACUAUACUGAUCUUUACGACAUCAAACGGGCUGUCGUAAGUACACAUUUAUUAAAUCAUGAGUGGCUUGUCAAUUAUUUUGGCUCACUUUCUGUCGAUGAUUCGUUGGAGUGUUUGAGAGCUAUGCUACAGGCAAACAUUAGACAAAAUCUCCACGUCUGUGUCCAGAUUGCUACUAAGUAUCACGAACAGUUGGGGACAAAUGCGCUUAUCGAAAUUUUCGAAUCAUUCAAAUCAUUUGAAGGCUUGUUUUAUUUUUUGGGUUCUAUUGUUAAUUUUAGUCAAGAACCUGAAGUUCAUUUUAAAUAUAUUCAAGCUGCCUGUAAAACCGGACAAGUCAAAGAAGUUGAGCGUAUUUGUCGCGAAAGCAAUUGUUAUGAACCAGAACGAGUUAAAAAUUUUCUUAAGGAGGCAAAACUUACGGAUCAAUUACCUCUUAUUAUUGUCUGCGAUCGCUUCGAUUUUGUUCAUGAUCUCGUCCUUUAUUUGUUUCGUAAUAAUUUGCAGAAAUACAUUGAGAUUUAUGUGCAAAAAGUUAAUCCAGCCCGUUUACCAGUAGUUGUUGGAGGUCUUUUAGAUGUUGAUUGUUCAGAGGAUAUAAUAAAGCAGUUGAUGGCCGUUGUUCGUGGUCAGUUCAAUACUGAUGAACUUGUUGCAGAGGUGGAAAAGCGCAAUCGGCUGAAGUUAUUACUGCCAUGGCUCGAAUCACGUGUACAUGAAGGUUCUGUUGAGCCUGCUACACACAAUGCCCUAGCAAAGAUUUACAUUGACCUUAAUAACAAUCCUGAACGUUUCUUGAGAGAAAAUCAGUAUUAUAAUAGCUCUGUUGUCGGUAAAUACUGUGAAAAGCGUGAUCCACAUUUGGCGUGUAUUGCAUAUGAACGUGGACAUUGUGACCAAGAUCAAAUCAGAGUUUGCAAUGAAAACGCAUUAUUCAAAACUGAAGCUCGUUACUUAGUUAGACGGAAGGAGCCGGAGCUGUGGGCAGAAGCUUUGAGUGAAUCCAAUAUUUACCGUCGACAAUUAAUUGAUCAAGUUGUUCAGACAGCACUUUCUGAAACCCAAGAUCCUGAAGAGAUAUCCGUUUCUGUUAAAGCGUUUAUGGCUGCAGAUAUGCCGAAUGAACUAAUUGAACUUCUGGAAAAAAUAGUUUUGGACAAUUCAGUAUUUUCUGAUCAUCGCAACCUUCAAAAUCUUUUAAUUCUAACUGCAAUUAAAGCUGAUAAAAGUCGUGUCAUGGAAUACAUUAACCGCUUAGAUAAUUAUGAUGCUCCAGAUGUUGCUAACAUAGCCAUCAAUAAUUCUCUUUUUGAAGAAGCAUUUGCCAUUUUCAAGAAAUUUGAAGUCAACACAUCCGCUAUACAGGUUUUGAUUGACCAUGUCAAAAAUUUUGAUAGGGCCUAUGAAUUUGCCGAACGUUGUAAUGAACCAGCUGUCUGGAGUCUUCUAGCGCAUGCUCAGUUAGCUCAGGGCUCCAUAAAAGAAGCCAUUGACUCAUAUGUGAAGGCGUCUGAUCCUAGUCGAUUCCAAGCAGUUUCCGAAGCUGCUUCAAACUCUGGUAAUUGGGAAGAUUUAGUUCGUUAUCUCCAAAUGGCACGAAAGAAAGCCCGUGAGACGUUUAUUGAGUCAGAGCUCGCCUUCGCCUAUGCAAGGACUAAUCGUUUGUCAGAUCUUGAAGAGUUCAUUUCAGGACCAAAUCAUGCCAAUAUCACUGUUGUAGCCGAUCGUUGUUUUGACCAACAACUAUACGAGGCAGCUAAGAUAUUAUAUUCGAACGUUAGCAACUAUUCCCGCCUAGCAAUAACUUUGGUUCACUUAGGUGAGUAUCAGGGAUCUGUGGAUGCUGCUCGAAAAGCAAAUUCAACACGCACUUGGAAAGAAGUAUGUUUCGCUUGUGUAAAUCACAAGGAAUUUCGUUUGGCUCAAAUGUGCGGUCUACAUAUUGUUGUACAUGCAGAUGAAUUAGGCGAUCUUAUUAAUUACUAUGAACAACGUGGUCACUUUGAUGAACUUAUUCAACUUUUAGAAGCUGGUUUAGGUUUGGAACGGGCACAUAUGGGAAUGUUCACUGAGCUGGCAAUAUUGUAUUCAAAGUUUAAGCCAGAGAAAAUGCGGGAACAUUUGGAGCUUUUCUGGUCUCGCGUCAAUAUUCCAAAGGUUCUUCGUGCUGCUGAACAAGCCCAUUUAUGGUCGGAGUUAGUAUUUCUUUAUGAUAAGUAUGAAGAGUAUGAUAAUGCGAUUCUUACAAUGAUGAAUCAUCCAACUGAAGGAUGGAGAGAAAAUCAUUUCAAAGACUUAAUAACACGAGUUGCUAAUGUAGAAUUAUAUUAUAAAGCGAUCCAAUUCUACUUGACUUACAAACCGCUGCUUUUAAAUGAUUUACUCACGGUUUUAUCACCACGUUUGGACCAUACACGUGCAGUAAAUUUCUUCAUCAAGGCAGGGCAUAUUGCUCUAGUUAAACCUUAUUUGCGGUCUGUUCAACAAAAUAACGCAAAUAAUAAAUCAGUCAACGAGGCUUUAAACGAUUUGUUAAUCGAAGAAGAAGAUUAUCAAGCUUUAAGGCAAUCUAUUGAAACUCAUAGUAACUUUGAUCAUAUUGCGUUGGCUCAACAGUUAGAGCGUCAUGAACUCAUUGAAUUCCGUCGUCUUGCUGCUUUACUGUUUAAAGGUAGUAAUCGGUGGAUGCAAAGUAUCGACCUAUGUAAACGUGAUCAGUUGUAUUCUGACGCCAUGCAAUAUGCCUGGGAUUCUCGGGAUCCUGAGACAGCUGAGGAAUUACUUCGUUGGUUCCUUUCCGAAAAUCUUCCAGAUUGUUUUGCAGCCUGUCUCUACCGUUGUUACGAUCUACUGCGUCCAGAUGUUGUCUUGGAACUUGCUUGGCGCAAUGGACUUAUUGACAUGGCUAUGCCAUUCUUAAUUCAAACUUUGAGAGAAUUAACAACAAAAGUAUGUUGUGUAUUGAUAAGUUUUCCUGUUUCGAUUGCUUUGUUUUAUUUAUUGUUUCUUUCACUUGUUAAAACCGUUGUCUCUUAAAUUCACUUUUUUAUGGCGCCUAUUUAAUUGGGGAAUUAUUGAUAGAAGAAGCAUUGAAAUAGGUGGUAGUAUUUAUAAAAACACUAUAUAAGUGGAUCGUCUAGAACGCUCCGAACAAACACGUGCUGCGGAAGAAGAGAAAGCUGAACAGGCAGUUAAUCCGCUAGUGAUGCGAACUGAACCUCAGCUAAUGUUACCAGGACCAGCAGGAUCUAUGCCAGCUGCCUUAAUCCCACCAGCGGGCGCAGCGAUUGGGAUGUUUGGAGUUACUGGCCCACAAAUGUAUUAUCAAACAAACGGACCAUCUUUUUAAAAUGGUUUUUAUCUAUUGUGAUACAUUAAACUUGUUAUCAGACUGUUAUCUGUUUAUUACUUAUAUAAUUUUUUCUUUAUCCGAAAUGUGCUGGUUUCCUGUUUUAAAGUUUAAUCUAUCUGCCAAAAUUUCCAACUAUUGAUAAUUGGUUGUAAAAGGUGGGUUUUUAAUCAAAAGUUCCAUGUUUAUGACCAUGUUAAAAGUCUCAAAUUUGCUUAAAUAGUUUAUUUUCUACUGGUUCUGAAACUGUGCUUUCUUUGAUUAGUGAUUGGGAACCUACAAAACAUGAUUAUCUAAAAAUUGUAUAGUAUUACUAUAUAUAAACGUUAAAUAGCUUGUAAUUGAUGAAGUCAUGGAAAUCUCAACUUUUGAUAUGGUUGAAUGCUCUACGGAUUUCUGUUUGGAUUGUUUCGCUUCAGUGAUUUCCAUUCAUUCGCUAUUAAUCAACGUAAACACUGAAUGGAUUGUGCAAAAGUUGUUAAUUUUAAAAAUUCUACCGAAUGUUAUUUUUAACGACGAGUGGUCAUGUAUGGGACCAAUAACGAAAAUCAAUAUAUGCUGUAUGGCUUUUCUAUUGUAGAUAUCACUACUUGUCAGAUGACUGAAUUUAUUUUGUUAUUUUGAUGUGAUUGUACUAGGUUUUUAAUUAAUCUCUAUUAAGCGGCUGAUAUUUUCAGUGCGAUAUAACUUGGGCUUCUAUAUCACAUAGAACAAUUAUAUUAAUUUUCCUUUAUGCUUUCUGAUUGUCAGCUACCUUAAAAAUAUAGCUUGUAAACAUCUAGAUAAGUAAUGUAACAAAUCGAAUUCGCAUGACAAAACUAUUGCCUCAUAAUGUGUGUAUUUAAUUGGAUGUAUCCUGCUAAACCUUCAAUAACAAGAAAAUUCUAACUCAUUAUACAAUCAUAGCUGAUGCUGUGCUCUACGGAUUCACACAAGUAAUAAGUGGUACAUCCUGGUUUGAAGCACUUAGGCCUUAGCGUAAUAAUAUCUCAUCAUCUUCACUGCGUUCUCAAGUUUUGAGUUAACCAUGUUAUUUUCAUAAAUUGGUUAACGUUAAGAUUUUUGUGUGUAUAAAUAAGGACGGGAAAUUUGAAAGUUCUGAACAUUUGUAAUCAACAGAAGUUUACUUACAAUUAUAGUCUUAAUAAAAUAGUUGUUCUCUUCAUUGUUUUUUUUCCGAAACCAUUAUCUAUCCAUUCGAAGCGAUUUUAUUUUUUAUUACAUCGUUCACUUUUUAAUAGCGUGAUUGUAUAUAUAUGUGCUUUCGCAGUUAUUUCACAAGGGUACUCUUGUUUUUCAUAUUUUUUUCCUUUCUUAGGCGCCUCUUCCUCUCCAAUUAAAGAGUACUCGAAAGAGAUGCAGCCUUCUGCAAUGAUUAAUUUUUAAAAUUUGUAGUAAAAGUAAUUAUGUAGCGUAAACGAACCGUUCAUUUGUCAACGGUUAAGAUAUGUUUCAUGUAUCAAUAUUGUAUUAAUAUGAUUGACAUAUGUUUGUGAUUGUUUCUCUGAAUAUGUUAGUAUAUUCACAUUCUAAACAUUUCCCAACUUUAAAAUUAAUGUAUUCUCGUUCGAAUGAGGGAACGUCUAUUCAUUCCAUUUAUGUCCAGUCUUUUUGGCCAAUUCAUCAAAUCAUUGUUGCAACUAAUUCAUUACUUAUUUAUUCAUAAUAAUUGCUCUUAUUGUAAUAAUUUUUUCUUCGUAGGUCAUUUUCUGUUUUUUCUUUCUCAGUGGUGUCUAUCACCCACUUUUUUAAAAACUUCGUGUGACGCGUUAUAGGGAUGCUCACGUUCAUCAUUAUAUUUAUUAUCCUUUGGAGCUUGAACAAGUAGUAAAUUACUCAAUAUACUUGAAAUUGAAUAUCACUGUUUGAGAACUUAUUAAUUCGUCUGUAUUUAUAAUCUAAACGUACUCCUAUACAUCUGAUAUUAUCCACUUAUAAUGAAGUCUCUCAUCAGAAAAUAUAUAUGAUUUCACAGUUUU